GGUCAUUUCUUUAUUCUCAAUUACUCUUUUACGAUUUGCAUUAUUUGCAUAUUUGCACGCAUUGAACGAAUUGCACGAUUUUCCCCGACUGCUGCACGAUGGAAGUCGCAAGUCCUCCGAAGCGUAUGACGCGUGCCAGAGCAGCCGCGAAGGAUGCCGCGAAAGCCAAUACCAGUGCAGGAAAGGACACUGCGGCCGCGACCUCGACCAAGUCUGCAAAAGCUACAUCUACCACCACUACGAGACCCACAACUACAACGCGCACCGCUACUAAGCGAAAGACACGAGCCGACGAUAGCGAAGACGAAGACAACCAACAGACAGAUGCCGAACAGCAAAACACCAUGAACAAGCCUGCUCGGACACGAGGCCGACCGAAGAAGAUGGUCGAGUCUCAAUCUGAACCCGAGUCUGCACCUCAGCCAGAAGCUUCAAUUGAGAACACCUCCACCGCUUCUACCAAAGCUUCGCGUAGCAGAGCGAAGAGGGCUGCCACAGCUACCACCACAAAUGCUUCUAAGCCAGAACCAGCAAAGACGCGCGCAAGCUCGCGAGUACGAAAGGCCACUACUGCCACCACUGAAGAUGAGAGUGAUGAAGAGCCGGUGGCCAAGUCGUCGCCAACUAAGUCAACUAAGCCAGCCAGAAAGACGACGCGCACUCGUGCUACAUCAAGCACCAAGUCAUCAACGGCCAAAUCAACGGCUGGUACGAUCACGAAUACCGUAUCCACUGAACCCACUCCGGGUUUGAAGUCUGCCGUCUCCAGACCUGCGUCUCGAACGGGAGGAGCCACUAAGAAAACGGUGACAUUCCAAGAACCAGAGAAGGAGAACAUGGUGCCUCCUGCAGCUCCUAAGACUAGAAGCAAGGCUACCGAGCCUGCCACAGGCAUGCGUGCAAAGCCUGUUCGCAAGCCGGCCGCCAGCACAAGAGCUACCAGAGCCAGUGCAAGAACAGCAACAAACAGUGAGAAGCGAGACAAAUCUCCUUUAAGCCCUAAGAAGGAUGCGGAGAAUCUCUCAUUGUCACGAGACGCAGAUUCAGAUGACGAGCUUGCAACGUUGGAAAAGACUCCCCUCAAGCCCAUGAUGAAGAGCCCUGUAAAGCCACCUAGUAUGGCUAAGAAACCUGACCUUCAACCUCCUACUAAGGAUGGGGAGGACGAUGCUAAGGAGGCUUCAGAGCCGACUACUUCAUCGGCAUUUGGCAGCCCAGCUCGCAGACCACCUUCGUCCCCUUUCAAGGAUACGAUGAAGUCACCCGCCAGAAAGGUAGAGGCGAUUCCGUCAUUACUAUUUUCCGCAAACACCGAGCAACAGGAUGCGCAGGCUCCCUCUAAGCCUUCAAUUCUACAAUCUCCUGCCAAACGACCUCAGUUGCCUAUUAAAUCACUUCAACCUCCGUCGCAGGAGUCCGGUAACAUUAAUCACUCUCCAAUUAAAAUGUCACUCUUGCAAUCACCGGCGAAGCGUCCCAUGUCUCCGUUUAAGCUACAGGGACAUCCCGCGCCUAUGUUCGACAACAGUCCUGACAAAUUAUUUGCGCCAACGAUGUCUCCCGUCCAAGAGUCUCCCGUUCAGGAUAAGGUGCCGACCGAGGAGGUACAACAGCCUGCUGAGCAGCCAGAGGCAAUGGAUAUCGAAGAUGAGUUCGCAGUCAAUGAAGAGAACGAAGAAUCUGAAGAGGAGCAGAUUCAGCCUGAAUCUCCAUCAAUGCUCGCUUUCCCAGGCCGCCUAUCAGCCGUUCUCCCGCGACACGCGGACCCGGCUCUCAAAAAGAACCCGCUUCCCGCGAAGGAAGUGGUGAUGACUCAAUCAGAACCUGCUCCCAUCAAGCCAGUCGAAACCCAGGAGGAGCCUGCAGUCGAAGCUACCGUCAAGGAGUCUGAGGACGACCCGAUGGAGAUUGACGAAGUGGAGGCGAAGCAAGAGGAGGCGUCUGCCCAAGCACCAACCACACCUCCGUUGCCGUCUAAGCAGGCCGCCAAUCUAGCUACGAAAUCGGGCCCCAACUCGGCUUUCGGCCUACGAGCUAAAGACCUGGUAGAUCAUGACGUGUCCGACUCCGAGGAUGAACUUGCGCCUAGCGAAAAGGCGAUUACCAAGUUCCAAGACGACACGACUUCUACGCUGAGUGCUGUGCCGGCGACCCCUACGCCUAGCACUUUCAAGGCCAACCGAAUUGGAAUGCCGUCUAGCGCAAUUAAGGCGGCAAGCCGUGCUAUUCGAUCUGUUUCUAAGGGAUCUAAAUUUGGCUACCCUCUCUCUAGCCCAUCAAAGCAGGCUGGUUCUCAACUGACGGCUCCACCCGAGGCUAAGGAAGACGGGUAUUCGUUGAUUAAGGACAGCGAUACCGAGACGACUCGUUCUACGCCGUCAAAGGGAUUCUUCGACGAGGAGAUGCGAAUCCGCGCUGAGAUGGAGGAUCAAGCCGCCAUUGAGGCGGCCCUCGAAGCGGAGAUUGAGGCGAUGUACGGAGAUACAGAACCUGAGUUUGAUGACAUUCCUAUUACUGAGGAGGAUGUCCAACUCGCCAAUGAGGCAAACGAGAUGUCUCUUAUUGAGGAAGACGCUGUCUCGGAAGCUAGCCAGGAGUAUGGAGACGAAAAUGCCGUUCCCAUUGAUCCAGCUCUUCUGGGAUCGAAUGGACGCCGUCUCGAUCCGGUGACUCCAAGUCGGCCAUCUGCGCCUAAGCCCUUCAACACUACAACCAAGGUGCCGCUGAAGCCAGCUGAUGAUUCUACUCCUAGAAUCGUAAAGAAGCGCAGUGCGAGUGUGUCGAAGCUUCCUCCUACCGACCGCCCUGGCGGUCACUUUAGAAGUGCGACCGUCAUUUCGUACUCUCCUACCAAAGAUUCUCAUAAGAUGGAGAUCGAUGGUGAAGAUGAUACGAUCCAAUACCCCCCGGUCACUCCUACAAAGUCUGAUAUUUGGUCUUCGAUGGGCACCCCAGGCCGCAUUUAUCGUCGUGAUCUUAACAUGACACUACUUCGAGGAGCGGUCGUUUUUGUCGACGUGCACACGAGUGACGGUGCAGAUGCCAGCACUGUUUUUGUUGAACUUCUCCAACAGAUGGGCGCUCGCUGCGUCAAGAGCUGGCCUUGGAAUCCCACCAGCCCUACUGGUGCCGAGGGAUCACAGUCCAAGGUGGGAAUUACACAUGUCGUCUACAAGGAUGGAGGCAAGCGAACAUUGGAGAAGGUGCGAGAGACUGGUGGUCUUGUGCAAUGUGUUGGCGUUGGCUGGGUCUUAGACUGCGAGCGCGAGAAUCAGUGGCUCGACGAGUCGCCAUACUACGUUGACACGUCACUGGUCCCCCGUGGAGGACACAACCGUCGCAAGAGCAUGGAGCCCAAGGCCCUUGCCAACUUCAACGGCACGUUGGUCACUCCGAUGAAGCAAACAGGUGGCUCGGCCCGCGAGUGCCAGACGGUGCCGAACAACCACAUCAGUCGUAGGGACAGCACAGCCUGGAUGCGCACGCCCUCGGACCACGACGAGGACGAGGACGCGCCUUGCGAGCACGACUGGGACAAGGAGAUUAGUAUGCUCACCCCAGUGCCCAAGACGCCUGCGCCGGAAGCCGUCAGACAGUUCGCGAUGGACGUCACUCCCGACUCCUCUUACGUAGAGAGCAGUUGCGGCGACUUCUCCCCGGAGAAGGAACUGCUGAUGCGUACCUGCCCCCCGAAGAGCUACGCCGAUCUCGGCGAGGGCGUGCUGAAGCGCGAGAAGGACCAGGGCAUCCUGAUGCGCCUCAUGGCCGCUCGUCGCAAGAGCCUCCAGUUCGCGCCCAAGGUCGCGAGUCCCCUUUCGAAGGCAUGGAACUAGGAUGAUUCAAAUGAGUAAAAAUCGAGCAGGGGAAGAAUGGAAAUGAACCAAAAAAAAAAAAAGGAGGCUAGCAUGCAUAUUUUCGGUGUUGUGUU